AUGUCCUACCCGAAGGAUUUCUCUUGCGUCGGAGGCCUCGAGAAGCACAUCCGUGUGGUUAAGGAAACGGUUCUGUUCCCGCUGAUGUACGGCGAUGUGUACGCGCGAUUCAACCUGAAACCACCGAGGGGCUUGCUCUUUUACGGGCCUCCUGGCACAGGAAAGACCCUCGUUGCCAGUGCGUUGGCUGUCGAAUGCAGCAAUUCCGAACGUAAGGUGUCCUUCAUAUCCCGUAAAGGCUCGGAUUGUCUUAGCAAAUGGGUCGGCGAGAGCGAGAAGAAGCUUCAGAAAAUUUUUUCCAUGGCUCAACAAUCGAAACCUUGCAUCAUCUUUUUCGAUGAGGUCGACGGGCUUGCGCCCGUAAGAUCCAGCCGGCAAGACUUCGUGCACGCCAGUAUUGUCUCCACUCUCCUGGCCUUGAUGGACGGCUUGGAGAACAAUUCAGAGAUCAUAGUAAUUGGAGCAACGAACAGAAUCGAUGCUAUAGAUCCAGCGUUAAGGAGACCCGGUCGGUUUGACAGAGAAUUAUACUUUCCGUUGCCAUGCUACAAAGCGAGAAAGGAAAUACUCUCGGUGCACAUCAAAAGUUGGAAGCAGAAACCGCCACAAAAAUUUCUGGCAUGUCUGGCUUCAAAGACGGUUGGAUUUUGUGGCAGCGAUCUGCAAGCUCUUUGCGCCGAGGCAGUUAUGUGUUGCGUACGGAGAAACUAUCCAGAGAUAUAUACUUCGAAGGCGAAGUAUCAGAUCAUCGAACGACAUCUCAAAGUCGAAAAGCAAGAUUUCCUGAAGGCUCAGCAGAAUAUCGUGCCGGCAUCCCACCGCGUUACGGUCGCGCCUGUGAAAUCUUUGUCGUUUAAAAUUCAGCCUCUGCUCCAAGACAAUUUGUCACGCAUUCUGUCGCAGCUCGAGAUCCUUUGUCCAACAGGAAUGUUAAUCUGCGACGUCAUUACUGGCAGAGCCGCAUCCAGAUCGACCAGCUGUCCGAGAAUUUUAUUAUGUGGCAACGAUGAUUCUCACACUCGUCAUCUGGGACCGGCGUUACUUCACACAUUGGAGCAUCUCCCCUGUCAUGUGUUAGACGUUAUGACUUUAUUCGAGGAAACUGGUAAAGCCGCAGAAGAAGCUAUCAUUCAAAAAAUGAAGACGGCUCGUCGAAGUUUACCAUCGUUGCUCUACGUUCCUGACAUCUUAGCUUGGUGGGAUUUAGUGGACGAAGCAGCUCGUGUCGUGUUCACGUCCCUGAUGCAGAACCUAGAUCGAUCUGUAUACUUGUUGGUUUUGACUACGGCUAACUGUUCAUUAGAAGAAUUACCGGAGGACGUGGCCUCUCUAUUCGACAAACAUCAAGGGGAGAUGUUCGAAGUUACACCCCCAGGAGAGCAAGAGCGUGAAUCAUUUUUCAAGCAGUUAUUCAUCAAUUCGGCGUCCGAUAUUGAAUCGAAUCAAUCUUCGCAAGAGAUCAACGUGAAAAGGAAGAGCAGCGCUUCCGGGGAGGGUCCGGCAUCGAAACGCUCGAAGAACGCUUCGGGGGGCAGCUUGUCAGCGUCGAGCAACGAGAAACUAACCGAUCCGCAAUCGGAAGAAUUGCUCCAGCAGAUCAUCGCGGCGACGGACACGUGGCCGUGCCACGAUCUGGAGAUCCUCUACGCCUCCCUCGAAUUAACGUUGGAAAGAAACGAGGAUGGUCUGUGUUCCGCGGUGAAGGACUGCAUCGAACAAUUUGAGAAAUUUCGACGGUUAAAAGUCCGCGUGAAAACGGAACAGGACUGA